ACUUUACAAUAUCAUGAAAUAAUACCCAAUAACGGAUAAUGAAGAUUCAGCAGCCUAUAUAUUAGAGUGCAUGUGAAACAAAGUUUUAUCACUAACUAGCCUUGAUUUAAUUAGUUCUAUUUUCCCAAUAAUGGAUCUUCAACUUCUCUACUUCACAUCCAUAUUCUCCAUUUUCAUUUUCAUGUUCAUGACACACAAAAUAGUAACCAAAAAAUCUAACUCCACUCCAAGUUUACCACCAGGACCAUGGAAGCUACCUAUCAUAGGGAACAUGCACAACCUUGUUGGCUCUCCACUUCCCCAUCAUAGACUAAGAGAUUUGUCAGCAAAAUAUGGAUCCUUGAUGCAUCUGAAGCUUGGAGAGGUUUCAACAAUUGUGGUUUCAUCACCAGAAUAUGCCAAGGAGGUGAUGAAAACACAUGAUCAUAUCUUUGCAUCUAGGCCUUAUGUCCUUGCUGCGGAGAUAAUGGACUAUGAUUUCAAAGGUGUAGCUUUCACACCUUAUGGUGAUUACUGGAGACAGCUAAGGAAGAUCUUUGCAUUGGAGCUAUUAAGUUCCAAACGUGUCCAAUCUUUCCAACCAAUCAGAGAGGAAGUGCUCACAAGUUUCAUCAAAAGGAUGGCUACAAUAGAAGGAUCACAGGUUAACAUUACCAAAGAAGUGAUUUCAACUGUCUUUACAAUAACUGCAAGGACAGCCCUUGGCAGCAAGAGCAGGCACCAUCAGAAGCUAAUAUCGGUGGUAACCGAAGCCGCAAAGAUUUCUGGAGGUUUUGACUUGGGAGAUUUGUACCCUUCUGUGAAAUUUCUUCAGCACAUGUCUGGCUUGAAGCCUAAGCUUGAGAAGUUGCAUCAACAAGCUGACCAGAUAAUGCAAAACAUCAUCAAUGAGCAUAGAGAGGCUAAGUCAAGUGCCACAGGAGACCAGGGAGAGGAGGAAGUUCUUUUAGAUGUGCUCUUGAAGAAGGAGUUUGGCUUAAGUGAUGAAAGUAUCAAGGCUGUGAUCUGGGAUAUCUUUGGAGGUGGAAGUGAUACAUCAUCUGCUACCAUAACAUGGGCAAUGGCAGAGAUGAUUAAAAAUCCAAGAACAAUGGAAAAGGUACAAACUGAGGUAAGAAGGGUAUUUGAUAAAGAAGGAAGGCCUAAUGGAAGUGGCACAGAGAAUCUAAAAUAUUUGAAAUCUGUUGUGAGUGAGACAUUAAGAUUACACCCUCCAGCUCCUCUUUUGCUUCCAAGAGAAUGUGGACAAGCCUGUGAGAUAAACGGGUAUCAUAUACCUGCGAAAAGCAGGGUCAUAGUGAAUGCUUGGGCAAUUGGAAGAGAUCCAAGGCUGUGGACUGAGGCUGAGAGGUUUUAUCCUGAAAGGUUCAUUGAAAGAUCUAUUGAAUACAAAAGCAAUAGUUUUGAGUUCAUCCCAUUUGGUGCUGGAAGGAGAAUGUGCCCAGGCCUCACAUUUGGCUUGAGCAAUGUUGAGUAUGUGCUUGCAAUGUUGAUGUAUCAUUUUGAUUGGAAACUUCCCAAAGGAACGAAAAAUGAAGAUUUGGGCAUGACUGAGAUAUUUGGAAUAACAGUGGCUCGGAAAGAUGAUUUAUAUCUCAUUCCCAAAACUGUUCAUAAUUAGCCUACUCCAUAGACUCUACACGUGACCUGUGGACCUACUCUCCAUUUGGCAAUGUAUGUUUUGGACUUUUGGUAUAGAAUAAAGGAUGUCCAGCAUUGCUGUUAUAUCUCUAAAGUUUUAAACUUUUAAAUGAUUGAUUUUCCCCUUCUCUAGAAUCAUAAAUACUUUAAGGACUUGAAGUAAUUAUUCUCAAUAUUCCUAUCUAAUAAUAAAUUACCUUCAUUUCAUGUCAUCAUCUUGACUUGUUCUUAAUUGAUUA